UCAGCCACCAUGGAGGAACUCCAAAGAAAACUGAAUCAGCGCUAUGAAGGCACCAAGCCCAGAAAGGUGAGGUUCAAGCUGGCUUCGUCCUACAGCGGUCGGGUGCUGAAGCACGUGUACGAGGACGGUCAGGAGCUGGACAGUCCAGAAGAGAAAUACCCUCACAGCUUCGUCCAUCGCAAGAUCCCUCCCAGCCACCUGGAGAUGGAGCAACUCUGUGGGUUUGAGGACACUCAUGGGGACCAACAGGGUGUCUAUCCACCAACAGGGCUCAUUGCCCAGAGAAUAAAUGUGUACAGAGGAAUGGGAAGCUACAAGCCUGCUGCUGGCCAAACUGAGGAAGCAGAGGGAGAUGCCAAAUCCCCAGUGUUGGACUUUGGCAAGAUAAUCAUUUACACCAGCAAUCUGCGUAUCAUCAGAGCUCCACAGAGGAAGCCUGAGGCGUUGCAGCAGCACAUAGUAUCCCAUGUGGACUUGGACGGAUACCCAAAGGCCAGGGAGAGGGGGAGCAGGAGGAGGGCUAAAGCUCCUUGUACGCAGGAUGAGGAGGAGAAGGAGGAGAAACAGAUCAGCGACUCAGAGACCAAGGAGGCCGACAGCUGCCAGCAUUGUGGUGGUUCGGGCUGCGCUCCCUGCUCUCUGUGUCAUGGCAGCAAGCUGUCCAUGCUGGCGAACCGCUUCAAUGAGUCCAUCAGUGAUCUGCGUUGCCAAGCCUGCUACCCCCAUGGUCUGGAGAAGUGCCAGUCCUGCUCCAGCAAAUAG